GACUGAACUCGCACAGUGCCCAACACCCGGAGACCUCCUUCGAAUUCUUCUGGUUCCUAGAACGCGGUAAAAACAUAUCAGUGCUGGUUUGUGCUCUACCAUUAGCGGAGGUUACCGUAAACUCCUUGCUGGUUACUUCUCAGGUCACAAUCUUUCCCGCAUGCAAACUCUUCAGUGCAUCCGCCGUGCAGUUGCAGGCCGAUCACGUCUUGGAUUCAUUUCCAGGAGCGUCACCACCGGGACAACACCUCCUUCCACACCAUGGUUUAUUGAUACUGAAGGUCCAGUGCAAUCAAUAACUAGGAAUACUCCUCCACAUCUUGCUCCAAAAACUCACGAGCUUCCCGCAAAUAUCCCCGACGCGAUCAGGCAACUAUUUUUGCAGCUCAGUAAAUCCCCUUUUCUCGAGCCGUCGACUUUAAGUGUCGAACGACCUGUUGCCGCUCUUCCUGGUCCUCCAUUACCUCGAACAAUACCCAAGGGCCGCCGGAAACGCGGUCGCACUUACUCUGGUGAAGGUCUGGUUGAAGUGCCUGGAGGUAUAUGGGACUGGGUCAUUACUGCUCAAGUGAAAGAAGGCACCGAAAACCGAGGAUCGAUAGAAGCUGUCGUACGUCAAGUGCGAAAGAAUCUGUUGUCUGUGGACCCACCAUUGCCCCUUCCGCCAAAUUCUAAGCGGAGAAUGCUCAAUGGGUGGGCUAUGAUUGAUGCAGGCAGAUUUGCAGUCCAUAUACUAAGCCGUGAUGCGCGGCGGAAGUAUUUUGAAGGAUCCCCUGCCGAGUGGUAGUUUACUAACACGCCAACCAUUCAAGUUCAUUGUAUGCAUUCCAAUUUAGACAAGAAACUUGCUAGAGUUGAAUCUACCCUUCUAAUGUUACAGAAUUCCAAUGCAUGUCGCAACGGCU